CAGUAUACGUAAACAGUGCAUCAGAGAUAGAGAUUUGAGGCGCAUUAUUUUUUCCUUCUCUGCAGUGUCGUCAUUACUCAUCGUUCGACUAACGUAUAAGUACUUUCAGAACAGUUCCAAAUCAAAAAAGCUCGGAAUAGGUAUUAAUUAGUUGCGAGCGAAAGCGUUUUCGCUCCUCCCAGGAUGUCGACGAUAAGAAAAAUACUAACCGUCGCCUUUGUGCUCUGCACCGUCCUGACUGCAACAUCGGCUAGCAUAUUAUAUCCCGUAAAACUAAAAACAGCGCAUCGAGCAUGCUCCAAGGAUUGUAUGGAUGGCCCAUCAUAUUGGUGCCAAAAUAUCACUACUUCAGGAUGUUGCAGUGCAACAUCAUAUUGCAUUCCUCACAAAUGGAUAAGCAUGCAGGUGCCGGAGGACAAUGAUAAUGUUUGUAACAUUUGUAAAAACAUGGUCCAGCAAGCACGCGACCAACUUGAAAGCAAUGAAACUCAAGAGGAUUUGAAGCAUGUUUUUGAAGGCACAUGUGCUUUAAUUCAUAUAAAACCAAUAGUUGAAGAAUGUGAUAAACUGGUCGAUCAGUUUGUUCCGGAUUUGGUCGAGACUUUGGCAUCGCAAAUGAAUCCCUCAGUUGUUUGCUCUGUCGCUGGGCUUUGUAAUUCCGCUCGCAUUGAUAAACUUUUGGAAGAGUACAAAGAUCAACCUGUUGUUAAGAUGACUGAGGGACAAAUAUCUUUGGCUAAUGAUGAGUACCGUCCUGACGAGUGUUCAAAGUGUUACAUAAUUACUCACCACAUGGAAGAUCAACUUAACCAGGCGACAAAAGAUCAAGUUCUUAAUCGAUUCCUGGAAAUAUGUGGAGAACUUAGUUCUUUUUCAGAUUCCUGUUCUGCGAUAAUUUUGAAAUAUUUUGAAACAAUUUACAACCACAUUAAGAGUAAUUUUAAUGCCAACAAUAUUUGUCACCUUUCGGGUCAGUGCUCUGACAGAUUCCACGUUCAUGAAGAUGAAAAUAAACCACUUGCUGUUGAAAUUAGACCGCUAUCCAGUGUUGGAAAGGUUGAUAUUAGCGAUGAUUUGCCUUGUAAGUUCUGUGUACAGCUGGUUGGCCAUUUGAGAGAUCUGUUGGUCGCCAAUACUACCGAGACUGAGUUUCUGCAAGUACUUCGUGGAAUUUGUAAACAGACCGGACGCUUUGCUGAUGAGUGUAAAUCUAUUGUUAACAAUUACUAUCCAGAGAUCUACGAGUUCCUUACCAAAAAUCUGAAUGGAAAUGCCGUCUGCCAAAUGGCUAGCUUAUGUCCAGCACCAGACAAAAAGUUAGGACCGAUAUGGCCUUUAGUUCCUCCAAAACAUGCCCAUUACGCUCUUGAAAUUAUGAAAUCCAAUGAGAUGCAAUUACCUUUGGACAGAAUAAGCAUUCCAGGUUUCCCAGUUAUCGAUGAUACUUAUUGCUCUACUUGUGAAUUUAUAAUACAUCACGUGAAAAAGAACGUCAAAAACAUCCGUGAUAAGAACGAAAUAAGGUCUGUUUUUGUUGGAAUGAAGAGUAUUACUAAAAACGUGCAAAAAAUUAAGGAUCAAGAAAAACAAUUCUUGGACUAUUAUCAAGAAGCAUUGAUUGAAUUGAUCUCCCAAGGAAAAGACUUUUCAGAGGUUUGCUCGUUAGUUGCUGUCUGCCCAACCAAUCAGCAAAUCGAAGCCUGGAAACAAAUUCCUGAUGAAAUGAAAAUAAAAUCAUCGAAAGGUGAAAGUUCUUGUCCUUUAUGCAAGUUGGCUGUUACAAAGAUAUACGAGUAUAUUCAAGACAACAAAACAGAAGAAGAUAUUCAAGCCGCUUUGGAUAAGUUGUGCUUGAAGCUGAUGCCCAAAAAUUUAAAAGAAGAAUGCGUUGAUUUAGUGAAAGUGUACAGUAAAGAGCUCAUUCAAAUGUUGCUUAAAGAUAUGUCAGCCGAAGAAAUAUGCGAAACGUUAAAGCUUUGUAAGCCAUCGAAAACAAUCAAGAGGCAUGAAAUACAUAUUGGUGAUAAGAUCGAUGCUGUACCAAAGAAUGAUUUGGAAGGUAAACAGAAAUGUUUGCUGUGCCAACGAGUGUUGCAUUUUAUUCAAAAAGCUAUCACUGACCCGAAAGCUGAAAACGAGGUGGAACAUAUUGUUAAGAACGUUUGCAAAAAGCUACCAAAAUCAAUCGAAAACGAUUGCAACAAUUUUGUAGCCGACUAUGCUAGUGCAUUGGUAGCAAUCAUCGCUCAAGAAAUCGAUCCCUCUCAAAUUUGUCCGAUGAUUCAUGUGUGUCCAUCCGCUCAGUUACUUGAAUCAUACAAGAAAAUGGAAUCUCAGAAUAUUGCUAACAACUAUGGAGAAAAACCUAACUGUCCCCUUUGUCUGUUAGGAAUCACUCAGUUGGAGAACGUCAUUAAAAACAACAAAACUAAGGAAACCAUAGAAGGUGCGUUGAAAAAUUUGUGCACUCACCUGUCAAAAUCAUUAGUGGAUCAGUGUGAAAACUUUGUUCAUGAAUACAGUGCAUAUAUUAUUGAUGCAAUGAUAGCCGAUUUCACGCCUACGGAAGUCUGUGUUUAUCUCAAAAUUUGUGAAAGCUCUCAAGAUGUUAAACCUUCGAUUACUUUCUUCCCGUUGGACAAGGAUGGCCAAAUAAUGACAAACGAGAUUCCAGACUAUCCAACCUAUCAGCUAAUACCUGCUGAUAUUCACAAUCUCGAAGAAGACACUAGCAUCGCCAAUCUUGAAGAGGACACUGAAUGUGUGAUUUGUAGGAAAGUAAUGGCUUACGUGGAGAAAAAGUUAGCCACCCAUAAAUCAAAAGAAGAAAUCGAACAUAUAUUCCACGAAGUUUGUGAUUAUCUUCCUGGGAUAUCCAUCAAGUGUAACGAAUUUGUAAACGACUAUGGUGAAAUUGUGAUUGAUCUUUUAACUCAAGAAGUUAGUCCACUAGAAAUUUGUAAAAUUGUCGGUUUGUGCAAGUCCGAUACUGCAACCGAGAAUCUGAAAGAAUCUGUGGCUGAAUGUGCUUUAUGCCACUCUAUUGUUACAAAUAUUGAAAAACUUAUGUCAGAUCCAAAAAUAAAAGAUUUAGAUGAGGUUUUGAGUAAAGUUUGUCAAAACGUUCCAGUAGCAGAACAAAAAAAAUGCUCAACAAUGUUGAAAGCGUACGAACAGAAUAUCAUUAAUAUUUUCAUAAAGGAUGGUCCACAUAAAGUCUGUAGCAAAGUGCAUCUGUGCUCAUCAAAUGAUUUUUCACUUGUGUCAAUUAUGAGUAGUAAAAUUAGGCAGGAGAGUGACAGUAUAAAAUUAAGCACCUAAGGAAUAUUUUAAUGGUUAUUAAGUACUUUAAAGCUGGUUAAUAUAAUACAUAAGUACAUCUACUUUGACCACCAUGAAAUCCGUGACUGCAGGUUACCACAAACUUUCAUCUGAAUUUGUUCGUCGUUGUGAAGGAGUUUGAUCAUCAAAACACUAUAGCAGGAUUUUAAUUAUAGUAACUGUAUAUUAUUGAAAAUUUUAAUUUUAUUGUUUAAACUUCUGACACUUUUUAUUACUCAUCAAUAAUUUUUGUAUGCCAUACAAGUGUUUUUUAAUGAUGCGGCGUACUUUUCGUGUUGUAGAUUGCACAUAAAAUUAAAAGAUUUUUCACAAGUUUUUAAAAAAUAAAAAUAAAAUAUCAAUCAUUUCACACAUCUAAAAACUGCAAAUUCAACUAUUAGCCUCCAGUAGCACACACGCACUUUGGGAGAAAGUAUCAUUUUUAUGUUGAAACAACUAUAUGAAACUCGUUUUUUCUGAGGCUUCAUUUACUUUUGAUUUCUAGGUUUUUCAUGUACAGAAAUCAUCACAAAAUUAUUAACUAUACAUCUAAAUUGAAUAUUUAAUUACUUUCAAUGAUCAGCUCCGAUUAUCUUAAAAGCAAUACAAUGGAUAGAUAACUAAUUUCAAUAAAAUAUUGUACUUGUUAAUGAUAAAAAUUAAAGGAAUUCUUUACGAAACUGGUGGUUGACAGAAGAAAUUUUUGCAUACUCUUACAAAAAUAGUGAUGGACUGAAUUAAACAUGGUACUUUAUAUGUUAUUUUAUUUAUCAAUUAUAAAACGAAAUUUUUUAAUUUUUCUAUGCGCAUGAAUCAUAAUCACUUGAUAGUUGUAAGUUAACUGUGAUAAUAAGAUCCUAAAGAGCACUACUUUCGAGUGUUUUUAUCGAAUUACAAUAAAUUUUUCAAUUAAAAA